AUGUUACCCAGUUGGUGUCUGGUCGUGUUGGCGGUCUGUGUUGUGGUCAGGGCUCAGACUUUACCAGAGACUGAGAAAACAGAUGAAAACGGGGGAACCCUGCUGCAGCAGCUGAUCGCUCGAGUGGAGAAACUGGAGAGAGAGCGUGAGGACCGAGGUGAAGCUCAGGUGGCGUUCUCGGCCUCCCUCGUCACCUCUGAACAGUGGACCCAUCACGGGCCUUUUAACACCCACACCACCCUGGUGUUCAAGAAGGUGACGACAAACAUCGGCAACGCUUACAACCCAAUUACAGGUAUCUUCACAGCCCCCAGGAAGGGACUCUACUACAUCCGGUUCACUGGGGCGGUUGGAGACUCAGGGUCCCUGAAUGCAGCACUGCAGAAGAAUGGGGUGUCUAUGUUUGAAAUCUACGACACCAGGGGCACCCACGGCAGCGGCUCCAACGGCAUGACGCUGGUCCUGGAACAGAGUGAUCAGCUCUGGAUCACUCUCUUGUCCGGGCAGAGCAUCUUCGAUCAGACUCGGCUCAGCACCUUCAGCGGCUUCCUCGUCUUCCCCAUGUGAGGGAGACGAAGCUCCUGCAGCUGCCAUGGAGACGGUGGAGAAGAUCCAGAUCAAGGUCCUGAACCCAAACACAGACCUAGAUCUUCUAGUUUCUUUACAAAACAUCCAGGAUCACAGGUAGAACCUGAGAGGAGUCAGUCAGGGAGCAAGACGCAGUUUGAGAUUGUUUUAAUAUCAAAAAUGUGAAAAGUAAUUUCCACUUCAGUGGGACUUUAAGAUGUUUCAUGACAAAACAUUAAAGAUGAAUUGAUCCCCAGUUUGUUUUGAAAAGCUGAGCAGGAAAUAAAGGUUUAAGGUCUGUGGUUA